UCCCUCCAGUCAACUGAGUCAACCCGCGCAGUGUCGACGCGUGAAUCGUUAGAUUAGAUAAAAUAUUAAUAUAAAGUGUCACCAUGGCCACGGGCUUCGUGGGAUCCACCAAGAACUUCCCGUUCUCUUUCGACAUGGAUGUGGAAGACGACGAGGCUGGCAGAACAACCCCGCAUUUGAACAAAAGAAUUGGAAGCGAGAGCCCCACCAGCGCAGUGGGUGCUGAGACGCCUCGGGAGCUGCCCAACGAGCUGUCUGCGCCUUACGAGGUGCCACAGUUCCCCAUAGAACAGAUAGAGAAGAAGCUUCUCAUACAAAGACAGCUUAAUGUCAAGGCGGCAGAAUGCGCGCAGUCAGUGCGUUCAUACGCAGGGAGCGAGGCGGGUGGCGCGGGAGCAGUGUUCGACGAGGCGGCGCGCCUGCGGCUGCCUGAUGAAGACGAGCCUGAUGUGGUGCUGCCGCACUUCCAGCGCGUGGCCAUCAGCGGCGAGGACACUUCUGGGGUGCCCCUGGAAGACCUGCAGCAAGCGUCCUCGUACCUGGUGCAGGCGCUGGAAAUGCGCAAGCGGUACAUGGAGAUGUCGCACCAGAGCUUCUCGACGAUCACGGCGCGGUUUGUGCGAAGCAUGGACGCGGACGCCGCCGCCAAUCACACGCCACCCGUCAAAUACGCCAAGAGUCAUAUUGCAGAUCACAUAGUCCAUCCACCGUUCAAAGACAAGGACCCGUGGGAGUGUCCGAUGCCGGAGCCGAAGGGCUACACGAUCCGGCUGGAGCGCGGCGUGUUCACCCUGUACAAGCAGGGGGAGGCGGGGGAGGAGCCGCUCAACUACCCCUGCAUCACGCUUGCGCAGUACAUACAGGACAAGAACACUAUGUGCAACAUGAUCGCUGACGGACCGCUCAAGUCGUUCUGCUACCGGCGCCUGAGCUACCUGUCGUCGAAGUUCCAGCUGCACGUGCUGCUCAACGAGCUGCGCGAGCUCGCCUCGCAGAAGGCCGUGCCGCACCGGGACUUCUACAACAUCAGGAAGGUGGACACUCACAUCCACGCUGCUUCGUGCAUGAACCAGAAGCACCUCCUGCGCUUCAUCAAGAAGACGCUCAAGAACCACGCUGAUGAGGUGGUGACCCUCCACAAAGGCACCCCCAUGACGCUGAAGGCGGUGUUCCAGUCGAUGAACCUCAGCACGUACGACCUCACUGUCGACAUGCUCGACGUACACGCGGACCGCAACACGUUCCAUCGUUUCGACAAGUUCAACGCGAAGUACAAUCCGAUAGGCGAGAGUCGUUUGAGGGAAGUGUUCCUCAAGACGGACAACUACAUGAACGGGAAAUACUUCGCACGGAUCAUUAAUGAAGUGGCGUCAGAUCUGGAGGAGAGUAAAUACCAGAACGCGGAGCUCCGGCUGUCGAUCUACGGCAAGAGUCCCAGCGAGUGGGCCAAACUGGCCAAGUGGGCCAUUCAAUACAACGUGCACUCCGACAACGUGCGCUGGCUCAUACAGAUACCGCGAUUAUACGACAUCUUCAAGUCGAACAAGAUAAUGAAUAACUUCAAGGAGUUCCUGAGCAACAUCUUCCAGCCGCUGUUCGAGGUCACCAACGACCCCAACAGCAACCUCGAGCUGCACAAGUUCCUCACCCACGUGAUAGGUUUCGACAGCGUGGACGACGAGUCGAAGCCGGAGAACCCGAUGCUGGACGCGGACGCGAAGGCGCCCGAGGAGUGGGAUGACGAGGAGAACCCUCCCUACGCGUACUACCUCUACUACAUGUACGCCAACAUGACCGUCCUCAACCACUUCCGCAAGGAGCAGGGUCUGAACACGUUUGUGUUGCGUCCCCACUGCGGCGAGGCGGGCCCCGUGCAGCAUCUCGUUUGCGGGUUCCUGCUCGCAGAGAACAUCUCUCACGGACUGUUGCUUAGAAAGGUGCCAGUGCUGCAGUACUUGUACUACCUGGCUCAGAUCUACAUCGCGAUGUCUCCUCUGUCGAACAACUCUCUGUUCCUGAACUACCACCGCAACCCGCUGCCUGAGUUCCUCGCGCGUGGACUCUGCAUCACGCUCAGCACCGACGACCCGCUGCAGUUUCACUUCACCAAGGAGCCGCUGAUGGAGGAGUACAGCAUCGCGGCGCAGGUGUGGAAGCUGAGCUCGUGCGACAUGUGCGAGCUGGCGAGGAACUCCGUGCUCAUGUCAGGGUUCCCGCACGAGAUGAAGCAGUACUGGCUCGGCCCGAAUUACAUGAAGGAGGGAGUCGCCGGGAACGACAUCACGCGCACCAACGUGCCCGACAUCCGCAUCUCCUUCCGCCACGAGACGCUGCUCGACGAACUCACCAACAUAUUCAAGGAUGGUAUGUCAGCUCGCAGAUAAAUCAACGCGGAUGUUCCAGAUACUUAUGCUAGACUGUAUAAUCAAUAUUUGUAUAUCGAUGAAAAAAAAGAAAAACAGGGCUAAUCUAAUUCCCAAAUAAAAAAAAUAUCUUGUUUAUUCUAGUGUUAAGGUUUGUGAUAAGCGGGGAGUGCCAUGCCGUUGACUCGUACUGUCUUCAAUGCAUUUCAUGUUGAUAUGCUAGCUUUGCUUCUGUAUUUAUAUCAGAUAUCGGGCCAUAACCAAGAUGCCUUUCUUUAAUCGUUGACGCAGAGAGAAAACAAAAAUAUGUAGAAACGAUAUUUCCCAGCGACAGAGUUAUCUCUAGACCAGAGGCUAACAAUUUUUUUUUACUCCUAUAACAUUUUAAAAAUUUUGUUGCUUCUGGUGGACUUUUUAUUUUUUCUUUUUGGUUUCGCGGAGAAAGUGCAUUAUCACUGCCGCCCAGCCAUCGCGAUGGGUGACUAGUUAGAUGAAGUCAAGCCAACAUUUUAGUAGUUUACUUUUAAAACCAGAUAUUUUUUGCAGACCUCCGUCUACGAAUUGAGGACCCCAAUUUUUUGGUCACGCUAGCGUAAACCCCAGUCAAGUUUGCCGUGGACCACUGGGCUUCACCUAGACUACUUUAGGAAUUAAUACUUUAGACUAUGUAAUUUCUAUAUUUUUUUGUGUUUAUAUUAACGUAAACGAUUGUAGAAGGGCGUUUUGGUUACGGCACUUGCACAGUUUACGUUAUACAAGGUGUUUCAUAAUGUGUAGAUCAAAAUUUAGAUCACUAUAAUCUAUCGAAUGGAAUUCCAAUUUUGUUAUUAUGAGCUAAAUGAUUAUCGCUAACACUUAAGUUAAUACUUUUUUAAAUUAAUUAUGUUUUGUGAUUAACAGAGUUUAAUUAAAUGAAUUAUCUUUUUUACAAAAUCGUGAUUAAAUCAAUUUAAAAAACAAUUUAUAUUUAAUCGUAAUCCCAAACCCCCUUUUUGUUUGUAUCGUAUUUUUCUAAGUAAUCUCAUGCACUCACUCUAUAUGUUUAGUACUCACUACAUCGCCCUACCAAAGUUCCUAUUGUCAUCCAGCUCCCAACUUCUUCCAAGCAUUUCUAAUGCUAUAUUCGUUCUGACAAUAAUGUUCACCUAUGCUAUAGUUGUGUAUUUUUAUAGUCUCCUCUGAAAUAGCGUAGGAGAAAUCACUCGAUAUAUAGAAAUAGUCUAAGCAAGUUAGCUUUUCAUUCCAAUUGCGCUCUCGGUUCUCUCAAAUAUUAAUGCUUCUUCUAAGAAUAAAAUAAAGCUCGAAUACUUUGCCGAGUGACCAGAGUCACAUUUAAUAAUCUAUUAGAUUAUAAAUCUACGUAACCGUUUAAUUUAAUUGAAAAGCGUAUAAAAUAUCGAAUAUGCAUUCAUUUCAAAUAUAUUGUUAGCAUAUUAUAAUAUUCCUGUCGCAUAAUAAACUUAAUGCAAUAAAAUUGAGUCUGUUACACCAUAUACACUUUAUAGAUUAAAUAUGUUAUAAAUAAAGAUUCUUAUAACAAUUAUAGAUAUUUAAACAGUUAUUCAAUGGACGAUCACAAUGCAUUUCCUUUAAGUAUCCAACGUAAAUUGUUACUAAUAAUUGAAUAUAGUGUCAUUUUUGUGUUUUAACUUAUAAUGGCCGGAAACUAUGCAUAAUGUACGUAAAUUUACGUAUUUUUAUGAAAUAAAAAUGCAUUUUUUAUAAUUUAUGUUGAUAAUUAUGUUUAUGAAACACAAUUCUAAAUUGUAAUAUCGUAUCUUAUUAUUUCGGAAUACCCUAUGAUGUUCUAACGAUAUUUUUUUUUGAACAUAUAAGUAAUUUUAUAAAAAUGUUGUCUAAAUUAAAGUAUAAUCAGUUAUUAAAUUAAAUACUUCUUUAUAGAAAAAAGUGCAUUUCUCACUGUUUUUGGAAAUAUCUGCAUUAUUUUGCUUCGCUUAAUUUAAUAUUCUACUAAAUGUGUAAUUGUGAUGGAGUUUGAGAGAACGUCACUUGUUUAUAAUUAUAGAUGUUAAGAGUUGUAUUGUUUUGUGAAUAUCCCACAUAAACAUGGACGUAGCGAGGAGGCUUUACUUGUUUUUUGUCAAAAGUUUAAAAUUAUUAUAAUUACCAAUUUUUAAAAUAUAAAAAAGUUGCUAAACUACUUACUGUUUUUACACAGUGAAUGGAAUUAAUCUAAAGCGAUCAUUUACCUUCUGGUACAACGGAGUAGAACUCAACACUAGCAUUAGUAACCUACUGGCUAUACCUUUGCUAAAACUUAUUUAAUAACCUAUCGCUUUAAUACUUUUAGUGUUAAACUUCGAGUGUUCGAGUCGGGUAUUUCGUUACUGCUAUUAGCUCCCUCGCUAUGUGCAUAUAAAUAUUCGCAUUUAAAAUGCAUUGUUAUUUGCAUUAAGUUUUUAACUUUAAGCUUAACUGGUUGUAUCGUCUAACGCUUAUGUUGUGAUUGUUUCAUUAACGUGUGUCACUUAUUCCAAAUGCAGUUCAAAUCCAUAUAAUGUGAUAAGCAUUAGAUUUAUUUCUACCAUUUUGUUUUUUGUAGAAAUAAUUCUACCAAAAUGAGAGUUAUUAAAAACUAGCAACAUAUUGUUUUGUUUUUCGUUGCUUUGUAAAAUAUUGUUAGAGGUUAACUUGGUUUAUUUUGGUACUUAAAACACAACACAAUCAAAUCAUGGAAUAGAUCAAACAUAAUAUGUUUAUAUUUAUGAAACAUUAUAAUUUAGAUUUAUACACAAACCAAUGUUAUCGUGUUGUUGGAAAUAAAAUGCUCAUACUGGA